AUGCGUGGUACAAUCUUACGCCGUCUAUAUCCUUCGGCCAAGUUCCCUAUCGCCCGGUAUUCAGUCGCGCGACCAUUCUCCACAUACCCAGAACCAAAGAAGGCUUCAUCUUUUUGGACCCUUACAUUUACUCUCGCUGUCGUUGGAGGAGGCGCUUGGCUCCAGGAUAGAUACUUCAAUCCCAAAGACACAAUCCCUUCGCAGCCCCAGCUCCCUCAAAAACCCUUCCUCGGAAUAAUCGAUACCCUCGCGACGAUGCCCGCCGAACCCGCCCCCGGAACAGUCGGGAACCUCACCCCAGAGCAAGAAGUCAAACUGAAGGAAUUCUGGGUCCUGACACUCAAAGUCUUCGGCCUCACACUCGAAGAACUCGAAGCGCCCCCAUCCACCGCCACCACCGAUGCCUCAACACCCGCCCCAGCCCAGGAUAAGAAGAAGUCCAAGAGCCGAUGGGGACUUUUUGGCCGCGCGGACGAAGACGACACGAAAAGCGAUUCCAACAGUAGCCCCUCUCCCAGCAUAUCUUCAAUCAGUAUCGCCGAUGGCGACGACAAGUACGGCCAGUCCAAGGAGUUCAAACAGGCGCUGGAGGACAUGAAGCCCGAGGAGAUCCGGACAGCAUUCUGGAGCAUGGUCAAGGGCGACAACCCGGACUCGCUGCUGCUGCGGUUCCUGCGGGCGCGCAAGUGGGACACCAAGAAGGCGCUUGUUAUGUUGAUUUCCACGAUGCGCUGGCGACUGCUGGAAAUGCAUGUCGACGACGAUAUCAUGUUCAACGGCGAGGCAUCGGCUGUGAAGAUGUCACAGGGGCUCUGA